AUGGCUCGGAUCACAUCCCGCAUCACCAAACAACAUACCUGGUGGAGGCAAGCCCUUGAUCCAGGUCUGAAGUUUGCCUGUAACAUAAGGCAUCUGGCAUCCGGCGACAGUUACAGCAGCAUAAAGAGGGAUUUCAGGAUUCCCAGUAACACCAUGUUAAUGAUUGUCCCUGAAGUCUGCCAAGCUUUCAUUGAUGAGUACGCUGCAGAGAGGAAAGAAAUCGCAAAUGAAUUUCUCCGCAGAUGGAACUUCCCACAUGUGUGCGGUGCAUUGGACGGAAAGCACGUUGCGUGCAAGUGCCCACCAAAUACCGGAUCUACCUACCAUAACUACGAGGGCUUCUUCUCCAUAGUCCUGAUGACCCUCGUAGAUGCGGACUAUAAAUUUAUUUGGCUGAUGUUGGGCCAGAUGGAGCAGCUUCAGACGCACAAAUAA